AAAAAGGUUGGUAAAAUGAUCAUUUAUUUAGUUUUCCUGUUUCCCAGACCUAUGUACCUGCCGCUGCGCGUGUUGUUCACAGCGGAGUCCUUCUCUCUGUCCAGUAACAUCAUCGUAGACACGGCCACCUUUCACCUCAGAUUCAUCUUGGAUGACUCUGCUCUCUACCUCUCUGACAAAUGUGAGACUGACGUCGUGGACUUGAGGAGAGACUAUGUGUGUGUUCUGGACAUUGACCUGCUGGAGCUCGCCAUCACCACAUGGAAAGGCAGCGAUACGGGCAAGCUGUCUCAGCCUCUCUUCGAGCUCCGAUGCUCCAACAACGUGGUUCACGUUCACACCUGUGCUGAUUCCUGCGCCGCCCUGGUCAACCUGCUGCAGUACCUCGUCUCGCAGGGGGACCUGCACCCCCCGCCGCGACACACCUCACCCACCGAAAUCGCUGGCCAGAAAUUACCACUGUCAGAAAGUCCUGCGGCGAUGCUGCCCUGCCCUCCAGCUGAAACUGCAGAGAUCAACCAGUACGACCUCGCUGAUGCCUUAAUCGACACGGAGAAGAGCCACCGAGAAGAGAGCUCAGAUCCUGGUUCACCCUCCAUGCCCAGAGGCUCGCCGGUCUCCGUCUACCUGUUCCCGGGCGAGGCUCCGAAGCGAAGCCCCUCCGUCCUGCUGGUUGAGGACGCUCAGCUUGAUGGACUGGUUGCCUCAGCAACAGAGGCGCAGGCAGAUAUGAUGUCCGAGGAAGGAUCCGACGGCUCGACCGACAACGAUGACUUCUGCAUAUUGGAGGCCCCUGGGAUGGGCAUUCCUCCGCGGGACGGGGAGCCCGUGGUGACGGUGUUGUCCGAGGGCCCCAUCAAGCUGAAGGAGAGUCACUUCUCCAGACCCCGAGGCAGCUCAGACCUGCUGCGAGCGCCGAGCCGCUUCCCCGUGCCGCAGAGCAGAGUUGUGCUGAGGGAGAUCUCCGUGGUCUGGCAUCUCUACGGGGGCAAGGACUUUGGGGGCAAGCCCAUGUCAAUACAUGCCCAAAACACUAACAGAGGUCGUUCAGCCCCCGCUGGAGCUCGGGGGUCCCCGUCUCGCUCGGCCACCACCUCCCGUCCCCAGAACUCGUGGCGCUGGGCCGGAGGCAGCGGCCGCCAGCACCAACUGUUGAUGGAGAUCCAGCUCACCAAGGUGUCCUUCCAGCAUGAGUCCUACCCAGGGGCAGUAGCAGGGCAGGAGGGGGAGGGGUUCCUGUUGGCUGGCGUGGGUCCCGGGGGCGAGCAGCCCCUCUCCAGACAGGUGUUCAUCGUCCAGGAGCUGGAGGUCCGAGACCGACUGGCCUCCUCACAACUCAACAAAUUCCUUUACCUCUACACCAGCGAGAGCAUGCCGCGCCGAGCCCACUCCAACAUGCUGACGGUGAAGGCCCUGCAGGUCUGUCCAGAGUCUGGCCUCGGUGGACCGGAGUGCUGUCUUCGGAUCAGCCUGCUGCCUCUACGUCUUAACAUCGACCAGGACGCACUGUUUUUCCUGAAGGACUUUUUCAGCAGUCUAGCUUCCUAUGUUAACCCUUACCUGCCUGUGGACCCUGCAUCCGAAGUGAAAGCAGACCCCUCCCAGAAGGCCCCUGAGGAGGCGGAGGCUGGUCUGGGACCUGACCUCUCAGCGUCUGUUGAAACCACCUUCAGCGAGCAGAGCUCCUCCUCUGCCGGCUCCACCUCCUCCUCCGACCAGCCCAUCUACUUCCGGGAGUUUCGAUUCACCUCUGAAGUGCCUAUCUGGCUUGACUAUCAAGGCAAACAUGUUGUCAUUGAACAGGGAACGUUUGCAGGAAUCCUGAUUGGUCUCGCCCAGUUGAACUGCUCUGAGCUGAAGCUGAAGAGGCUCUGCUGCAGACACGGUCUCCUCGGUGUGGAUAAAGUGAUCCAGUACGCCGUCACUGAGUGGCUGACGGACAUCAGGAAGAAUCAGCUGCCGGGCAUUCUGGGAGGAGUGGGUCCCAUGCACUCAGUGGUCCAGCUGUUCCACGGAGUGAGGGAUCUGUUCUGGUUGCCCAUAGAGCAGUACAGGAAGGACGGGCGUAUUAUCCGAGGUCUCCAGAGGGGGGCAGCCUCCUUCGGGACGUCCACAGCUUCAGCUGCUUUGGAGCUCAGCAACAGGCUGGUGCAGGCCAUACAGGCCACAGCAGAGACGGUGUACGACAUCCUGUCUCCCACUCCCCCCCUGAACCGCUUUGCCAUCACAGAGGGCCGGGCCCCCUCCAGCCGGCCCCGCAGAGCCGCUCAGCCCGCAGACCUGCGAGAGGGCGUGGCCAAGGCCUACGACACCGUCAGAGAGGGAGUGAUUGACACGGCUCAGACCUUGUGCGAUGUAGCAUCCCGCGGCCACGAACAGAAGGGUCUGCCCGGCGCUGUGGGUGGCGUCCUGCGGCAGAUCCCGCCCACCGUGGUCCGACCUUUAAUAGUGGCCUCUGAAGCAACCUCCAAUCUGCUCGGUGGCAUGAGGAACCAGAUCAAACCAGACGCCCGGAAGGAGGACUUCCUGAAGUGGCGCACCGACGGCCAAGAAUGAUGAAAACUUCUUUGUUUUUCUGUGUGAGAGAGUGUGUGUUUGUGUGUGUUCGAGAAUCUGAUUUGGGGAGGUUCUAGCUAAGGGAGCGAAUCCACGGUUUGAAUGCGUAUUUGCAUGUGUGUAUGGACUAAUGAGAGUCAGUGUUCGCUCUAAUGCAAAAACCAAGCAACGACUAACAACUACUGCUGUUACCAGUGUUUCAUUUGGCUCCAUCUUACAUGGACUCACCAGAUAUAAACAAUUCGUUUUGUAAGAGCUAUCCUCAUGUUCCUCUGUUAUACACAGGUCAGUAGAUUCUCCUACUGUCUGUGAAAACAUAUCACCGUCACUCAACUGGUUUCAUUUUUAAUCAACACUCUCAAGGUUUGCUUGUUCAUAAGUAAGACACAGAUUGUGGGCACAUCAUGUACUUUGAACUGUGCUGUUGAAACUGUUUGUAUUUUAAAUGAAAUAAGUGAUUUCUGGCACGAUUUCUCUUUCUUCCAUUAUCUAGUAUAAGUUGGAGGAAGAAGUUGAACUUAUGCCGGGAAUCACUUUUUAUUAUAAUUCACCACUGACUAGCUGAGAACAGUUUACUUUAUUUUGAUGUGUUGAGCUGGCACAUGAUGUAACCCGCCCUUUGGUCUACUUGUUGUCCAGUGAUUCUCAUAGUGGAGAUUGUGUGACAUCCUAAUGAAGUGUCCUUUGCUAACACCCUCCAGAUGUCUGCAGAUGCUUUUCCCUCUGACUUAUACCACAUCAUUUGUUCAGCUUUGGCCCCACUGCUUCUCUCAGUGUUGUUAAUUGUGCCAUAAAGCUUGCAGUGCCCUUUUUAACUAGUUUGUGUUGCCUUCCCAAAACCUGCACCCUCCCUGCUACGAUUUGCGUACAACACACACUGGCUCACAUGGACACAUACCUGACUGAGAACAUGUUUCCCGACUGAACAGAGAUACAGAUCACAUGAAGCCUCUAAACUCUGUAGCACAUUAAACUAAUUUAAAGCUUUUCAAAGUAAAGUUUCAGCUCUCUGUAACUCGCAGUCCAGAUGUCAGCCAGUGGUUCUUCCUUCUGCCUUGCAGCUCAUUUGUGCUUCUUGUUUCCAUUAUUUAAUGGAAUUUAAAAACUGGUGUCUGGAUUAACCAACUCUUCAGCGUUGCUUCACCCUCUCCUUUAAUUGCCUUCCUGCAUUUUUUAUGUUUCUUUUUCUUUUUUUUUUUUAUUCUGUUAAAGCAUAAAGUAUUGUCAUACUCGUUUUUAAAACAAGAGUUAAAAGGAUGUGAAUCUGGUGACGAUUGAGGAUACAAGAAAUUGGGGGUUUUGUGGUUU